AUGUUGACUCAGACGGAUACAAAGAUAGCGGGCCUCUGUACUAGCGACACUACUGCCGUGUGUGCAGAGAUAACGGGCCUCUGUACUAGCGACACUACUGCAUGUGCAGAGAUAGCGGGCCUCUGUACUAGCGACACCACUGCCGUGUGUGCAGAGAUAGCGGGCCUCUGUACUAGCAACGCCACUGCCGUGUGUGCAGAGACAGCGGGCCUCAGUACUAGCGAUAACACUGCCGUGUGUGCAGAGAUAACGGGCCUCUGUACUAGUGACGCCCCUGCCGUGUGUGCAGAGAUAGCGGGUCUCUGUACUAGCGACGCCCCUGCCUAUAGGUUGGAAGUCAAUGUUGGCACCUGGACCACGCCCACCGCCUGCCGUGCUGCUGCUGUAGCUGUGGCUACUGCACCUCUUGUUGCUGUGGCUGCUAAUGUGGCUGCUGCUGUGGCUGCUGCUGCUAAUGCACCUCUUGUUGCUGCUAUGGCUGCUGCUGCUGCUGUGGCUGCUGCUGCUAAUGCACAUCUUGUUGCUGCUAUGGCUGCUGCUGCUAAUGCACAUCUUCUUGCUGCUGUGGCUGCUGCUGUCCCUGCUGCUGCUAAUGCACUUCUUGCUGCUGUGGCUGCUGCAGUCCCUGCUGCUGCUAAUGCACCUCUUGCUGCUGUGGAGUGCCGCUGCUGUGACUACUGCACAUCUUCUUGCUGUGGCUGCUGCUGCUAA